CACCUUCACGUCGGGGGAAAUGGCGGCCCGCACCACUGCUAAAAGAGGCCAUCGCUAACGGCAGCCGCCUCUAAUGGCGGGCCGUGGGCAUUGACACAUUUAGCACCCCUGACGAUGAGGGUCGCUGUCGACUGCCUUUUUUAUCAAUACUGCUGCUUUCGGACAAGUACACAUGUACAGACGCCACACUGCCUUUUUGACAUUUCUGGAAUAUUCGCUGGAAAUAACAUGGGAGGUUACACAAUCCUGACUCUUCCAGCAAACCUGGCAGUCUUUCCCACAAUCGCCACCAAAAUAUGACAUCACAAGCUUCCACUUGUAAUCAGUUUCGAUAGUGGGUGGUGUCUACGUUUCUGUAUGUCUCCUUGACUACAGUAUAUCUGUGUCUGUGUCCAUGCAUGUUCAGGAGCCGAGGGCAUUUUUUCCCCCUUGUGUGUCAAAAGAAGAAAAAGAAGAAGAAGAAUCGUAGAAGGCAAGUCCAGUCUGGUCUGUAGGACGCCAACCAACAAGAAGAAAUCCAAGAACUAUUUUUUUCUAUUUCACAUUUACAAACUAGAAUGGGAUCAGUGGGCGUUCAGAUGGUGUGUGUGGCCCUGGGGGUCCUUGGGCUGAUCGGGGCCAUUGUGUGCUGUGCAGUUCCCCGCUGGAAGGUUUCCUCCUUCACAGGCUCCAAUAUCGUGACAGCCCAGAGCCAUCAAGAAGGCCUAUGGAAGUCAUGCGCCGUUCAGAGUACAGGUCAGCAGCAGUGCAAGAACUACGACUCACUGCUGGUCCUGGCCUCGGACCUCCAGGCGGCCCGUGCCAUGACCAUUAUCAGCUGCAUGUUGGCAGGCCUGAGCCUCCUGAUCCUGUUUUGCGGGGCUGAUUUCACCACUUGUGUCGAGAAUGAAGACGCCAAACCUAAGAUCAGCCUGGUGGCUGGGGUGGGCUUACUCCUGGCCGGCCUGAUUCUAAUCAUACCUGUUAGCUGGUCAGCCCACACAGUGGUCCGGAACUUCAACAACCCCCUGGUGCCCGCCUCGCAGAAGCGCGAGUUGGGAGCGUGCAUCUUCGUAGGCUGGGGGGCCGGGGUUCUGCUUCUUCUGGGCGGGGGGCUCCUGUGCUGCUUCAGUAGGCCCAAGUCGGGAGGGUCUGGAGGGACGGCCAAGUAUUACAGUAACAGUGCGUCUGCACCCAGCAAGAACUACGUGUGAACCAGGACGGAUCAGCAAGAUUCAGCCAGAGCUGCGUUUGCCACAUUAGCUUAGCUCAUGAGCAUCUCUGUAAAUAAUCAACACUGACAUUCUUUUUCUAGGAUUAUAACAUUUUUCUUCUUGUGGUGGGGGGAGCAAAUGUACAUUUAGCAUUAGGUGGCUUUCGUUCUGUGGCAAUCAAAUCAACUUCAAAAGGAAAAAAAAAAUCCCAGCAUGUUAGUAUUUGAUGGCUUUUCAUUGGAAAUAGCAGUAGAGACUGGCUGAGAUCCUUGGUGAUCUUAUCACUUUCUGCUCUCAGGUUGCUAUCUUGCCGUUUCAGUUUGCAUAGCAACUGCUGGCAUGUUUCCAUUUCCACAAUUCUGAUUGCUUUUUUCACAAACUAAUUAAACCUUUAAGUAAACUGCUAGCAUGUGAACAUUUGAUCUUUUGGGGGGAA